CCCAGAAAUCAAGUAAAUAAUUGCCGCCUAACAAAUCAUUUGAAACCCCAAAAAUUAUGCUAAAUAAGGAUCUCAUCCCUCCACCCCCAUCUCCAAUAAAACCAGAGUAUGCAUGGCAAUUCCAUUCUCCUCUUCAGCUUAUUACCACAUUAAUCAUGUCUUGGUUGAAGCCAGAACUAUUCAAGAACACAUCAUCCUCUCCCAAAAAGAAGCCAUUGAUCAAACGGCUCGUCUCCACCGUCAAAAAGAAACUCUUCCUCCUCCGUCGUCGACACCCCACUCCUCAGCUCCUGGCCGGAGGAACCGGCCGCCACGUUCCCGACCCUCCUCUUCUCUGCCGGCGCUGCUCCUGCCACCAGUUUUCAUCGUUGUCGGAGGAGUCAGGGGAGGGAAAUAUUGGCGGUGAUGAUGAUGAUGAGCAAGUGGACGAGAGUGCGGAGCAGUUUAUAGGGAAGAUGAGGGCGAUGUGGCGGCUGGAAAGGAAGAUCUCCGACGAGUUCUGGGCUCAGCUUCGUGAUCUUGACCGUUAAUUAGCUACUUCAUUCGACUACCAUUACCGACUACAACUUUUUAGUAUUAGCAGUGGGUAUUUUUUGGUUUGAGGAGAUUUUAGCCACGAAGUUUUUUGGGGGGAAAAAAUGGCUGCUUAUCUUGGAGGAGGUGGAACGUUUUUUAGGGUUUCCUUUUCUCCUAAUUUGUUCCCGCGUUUGAGAAUAAGGAUCAUAUCAAUGG